CUUUCCAUCCACAAUGCAACACUGUUCCCCUGCCAAGUGGAGCAGGACUGUUUUAAAAGUGGAUGUGCUCAUUUUACGCACUAUUUGAAUGGCAUUCGGAGCUUGAAAGACAUGCAGCGGUGGUGGUCGAGGUCCUCACACCGUAGCUGCAGGUAGCAGAGGACCACCUCAAGCUGUCAAGUGAAACUCUGCACGGCUUGUUUCGGGAUUCAUGAGGAAGACUGACAGGGAGUGAGGAGCUCUCGCUGGGUGUCUGGGUUCUGUGACCUUGCCCUCUCAUCAUCUCUUUAUGGGGUGGUCUGAGUCAGGGGUCUCCUGCCCUACAGCCGUCCCAAGAGACCCAGUGUUUUUAUGUCCAGGUUAUUCUGGUGUCUGGAGGACAUCUUUUCUCCAAACAGGUUUGGACUUAGCGGUAGAGCUCCAGAUUGGGUCAUGGCUCUGCUCUUGUGGCUUGAGGGGCCAGGCAGCAGACUUCUGACCCCUGAGUCUCACACACGUACACUCAAGGUCCCCGAGGGUUCAGAUGGUGGGGGGUAAAUCAACACCUCCCGUGUGUUUGCGGGGGCCACGGUAGGCAGCCUGUCGGCGACUGAUCCCCUGCUUCCCUCUUGAAGCUGCAAGGGUCUUAAAGUGAUUAGACUCGCAAUCAGCACAGGAGGAAAAAUGUUUCCGCUUUCUGAUCGCCUGCUUCUACACGCAGUUUGAUGGGUGGCCGUGCGGUAAUGCUACUGAAGAAGGUGGACGUCUUCCUUUCAGUCGAGUUUAAAAAAAUAUAUGUAUUUGGAUAUGACUUACUUGAAAAAAAGAUUUUGUUGACUUUUAUUUUUCACACCAAGGGGCAAUUUUAGCCUAGUGAGCAUGUCUUUGGGAGGAAACCGGAGCACCCGGAGUAAGCCCACAGACACCAGGAGAACAUGCAAACUCCAUGCAGAAAGGUGGCCCGACUCGGGCAUCGAACCUACAACCUUCUUGCUGGAAGGCAAGCGUGAUAACCACUAAGUUAAAAAAAAAUGGCUUAACCUCAAGAUACAACUUUUAUUGAAAUAAAGAAAAUUAUCGGAAUUUUAAAAGAAUAAACCAAUGUGAUGAGAAAAGGCAAAAGCGUACAACAAAAGCGUACAGCAACAUCAUUGAUGCCAAAGCGAAGUGAUGAGAAAUUAUAUUGAGAUGCCAGGUUUCUAACUUAUACUAACAUUUACACUAAUCUUUCUCAAUUUCUACAUUUUUAUAUCAAGUUUUUUAACUCGUUCUUAUUUUACUUGGUUGAGGUUGUAGAGCAAGUGAGCGUGUUAUUGUAUCUACUUGGUUUUAUUUUGAAGGUUUGUUGUUUUAUUACGUGAACUUCCUGUUUCUAUAAACUCCGGCUAUAUAACUGUGAAGAUUGCCGUGCGUCAUGCAGUGUUUGGUAAAUGACCUGGGAUCUGGAUCAGUUUUUGUUUGAUGUGUUGGAUAGUUAUUGGAUGAAGCAAGUAAACUAGGAGCUAACACUGGACUGGUAAAGACUAGACCUGCUUAAGGAAAAGAGUUGUUGGCUUCUUAUGCUUUCACAGUUUGUGUUCAGCUUUUGAGUCAUGGUGAAAUGGUUUUAUGACCAACUCACUCCUUCGUAGUCCUUCAGCGUCUCCCUUCCUCAGCUAUUAUCUAACAUUUCAAAGACUUCCUUUUUAGCCUGCUAUCGGCCAGUGAGCCUCCAGAGGUCAGGUUCUCCAGUCCGACUGAGGAUGCCAAGACAAGCAGUCUGAGUGGCUGACCCAGGACUCCCCCUGGCCCUGGACAGGAGCUGUGCCAGGCCCCCUGGUCCACAGGCGACUCAGAGUCUUCCCCGAGCAUCCAGAGGCCGGACUGGAAGACGAGCGCUGUCCUCUGAUGACCGGCUGCGAAAAGGUGGAAGGCGAAUGUGUGUGCGACGCCCGCCACUCUUGUUUGGGCUCCUUCACCUACCCAGACCAGGAAACCUGCGCAAAAGCCAGUGGCACAGAGAGUCGGAAGCCAGAGCACCGGGACCGGCACCGGGAGAAGUACGUGGGACCCUCCAACCCCGCCUGCAUGUUCUCCGGCUGCAACCUGACUGCUGAGGGCUGUGUGUGCGAGUCCCAGAGCUGCCACCACCACUUCGCCUACAUCAACCGCAGCCAGUGCCAGGAAGCGGCAGAGGAACUCAAGUGUGCUGGGGUGAAAUGUCCAGCUCUGCAGGUGCCAUCCUGUCCAAAGGGAUCAGUUCUGACUCAUGCUUACACACCCCCUGCUGGUUGCUGCCCUUCAAUACCGCCCCAGUGCACUUGUGAUCUACGUGCCUGCCAGAAGCCCAAAUGUCCAAGCGGACAGCGAGCCCUGCCAGUCAGCCAGGCUAGCGGUCAUCCAGGAGACUGCUGUGAUAUCUUUGAGUGCCAGAAAGUUUCUCCGAAGUGUGUCCACGAUGGAAAGGAGUUUUCAGAAGGGGAGGUUUACCGCAUGGACCCCUGCUGGCUGUGUCAGUGCCGCGGAGGAAUUUCCUUCUGCUCCAAGGCAGAGUGUGCGGAACUGGACUGUGAGAACUUCUACAUCCCAGAGGGAGAGUGCUGUCCUGUCUGCAUCGAUGUGGAGUUGCUGUCGGUGGACAGCACCAAAGCCAGUUGCUGGGUGAACAACAAGUUGCGAGCCCAUGAGGAGCAGUGGAAGGAGGACGACUGCACCUUCUGCCAGUGCGUGGACGGGGACCCGCACUGCACUGCCAUGGCCUGCAAACAAAGCUGCCAGAACCCGGUCAAGAUCCCCGGAGAGUGCUGCCCCUUCUGCGAAGAACCUUCCUACGAAACGGUUAGUCCCAUGCUGUGCCCUCCGCUGGAGAACUGCUCCCUGUCGGUGAUGGACUGCCCCUACGGAUUCCAUCAAGAUGAGAACGGCUGUCUGCUUUGUCAAUGCCUCAACAACGACUCCUGCCCGGACCUGGGUAAAUAUUGUUCCCUUCGGUGCCCGCUGGGGUACGAGAGGGACGACUUCGGCUGCGAGGUGUGCGAGUGCAACGUCCCCGUGCUCAAGUGCCGCCCUUUGACCUGCACCAAGACCUGCCCCUACGGAUAUGUCCGCAACAAGCACGGAUGUGAAAUGUGCCGCUGCAUCAAGUGUCCGCCGUUCACCUGCGACAAACACUGCAGCCACGGCUACAAGCAGAACAAGAAGGGCUGCUUCACCUGCACGUGCAAAGAGAGCGUCCAGGUCCCGAGCACCUCGGCCCCGCUCCCCGCUCCAAGCGAGUGUUUCACCGCCAACGGGCAUCGAUACGAGGAGGGCGACAGCUGGCACGACGGCUGCCGUGACUGCUACUGCCAUUCCGGACGGGAGAUGUGCGUCCUGAUAUCCUGCCCUGUACCCAGCUGCUCCAGUCCAGUGGUGAGGCCGGAUCAGUGCUGUCCAACAUGUGAAGACGAGUCUGGCAGUGGUCUGCCAGAGGGCAUGGACAUGGUGGUGUGCAGAGCUCCGGGGGGAGAGUUCUACGUGGAGGGAGAGACCUGGAACCUGGACGAGUGCACGCGCUGCACCUGCAGGAAGGGCCGCGUUCUCUGCGACACUGAAGUUUGCCCGCCCGCCGUCUGCCAGGCACCCGUCAAGAACAAGAACACGUGCUGCCACGUCUGCCCUGACGAGCCCCGGGGCCCACUGCUGCCGGAGAGCAGCAACCAGCCGGAGUACUGCAUCACCAACGAUGGCGAUGUGCUGCUGGCCGGAGAGUCCUGGAGGGCCAACGCUUGCACCAGCUGUACCUGCAACAACGGGACCAUUCAGUGUUUCUCCCAGCGCUGCCCGGCCGCCAACUGCAGGGUGCCAGUUCUGCGCAAGGGCCAGUGCUGCCCGUAUUGCCUGGAAAUGACCACCUCACUGCCUGUCCUGGUGUCCACCGGCCGUCCCGGAACCACCACUGUGGAGUCCGCCACCUGGAUCACGACAGCUACUGUGCCACCAGUUGUCGCCAACACAGAUGACACCCGACUUGGAGAGAGUCACCCCAACCAGGCGGAGAUGGCGGUGAUCUACCAAUCCGCAGCCUGGAUCCUGGCCGGCCUCCUCAUGGCCAUCAUCAUCUUCCUCGUCGUGGCGCUGCUUGUCAACAAGAAGAAGAAGUGGGUGCAGAUGUCCUGCUACAGCGCCCCCAAGAAGACGGUGAUUCUAAAGAAGCACGUCAACAAGAACUCGGUGGUCUACAUGGAGCCCUCCAAGGAGAACAAGUUCCAGAAUGUGAAGAACGACUGCGGGAUCAUCCACUUCUCUCCGGACAUGGACAAGAUGACCAUCCCCCGAGCCAAGCUGUGCAACGAGUGGACGCCGCGCUAAGGGCUUUUUGAUACUCCAAAGUGCGUGAGGACGUUUUUGUGCUGGGAUGGACGAGUUUCUGCUUGACCAGCAGGUCGCACCACCUCUUUUGGACCGGAACAGAGAGGCAGUGGAACGGAUUUUUGGCAGGAUGCUGCUCCUGUGGAAGUGCUGUCAUCCUCAUCCUCAUCUUCAUCAGCUGGGACCAAAUAGACUGACACUCCAGCUGACUCCAGAUCAGCCGUCGAAUCAUACGCAGCUUUAUAGACUCCUGUGUGACUUAGUUUUUGUCUUUACACUUCAGUUUUUUUUUUAGACUCUUCAGGACCAACGUCACAUUCCUGUCAGCAGGAAACCGACUUCAAACUCGGAGUUGAAUCGAUUCAUAUCCACACAAAAGACUGUGGGACGCCUCCCAAACUCAAGUGUGUGUCCGUGUGGUCUACUGGUGUAUCAUCCAAAACAUUAUGACCACCAGCUUUAUGUGAAAUAGUCGGAAGCUAUGCAUGAUUUCGACACAGAGAGCGCCGUCUAGUGGGGAUUAAAUAAUUCCUUUUUAAAAAAAUUAUUUAAACUGAAAAUACUUCUGCACCACGCCAUUUACAAGUUGGUGCCCCGAGUUACUACUCAAAUGAAAAACAAUUGUGUGAUAACACGGUACAGAAGGAAAUGAAACCACCCAAAACUUGAUUCACACAUUCAUCUUUUUGUUACUUAUUCUUGCUAGAAUACAAAAGCCACAUCGGCUAGAAGCUCGGAAACCCUCCAACUGGUCCACUGCAGCUUCUUCAAAAACUAAAAAUACAUUGCAUGAAGAUAAGUGUUUGCAAUUGCGAUGGCCUCUAUAUCUAGAUUGAGUCUCUGACAGAUGACAAAGCAAUGAUAAAUUGAUUUGUUGUUCAAAUAUAUUCACUUCCGGUCGCCUCAUAAAGCGGCAAAAAUCCCACCGAUUUGUCAAGGUUGCCGUUACGCCAGUAAUCUGACUCACUUACACUACAGUGCCUCAGGUUUCGGGAAUCUUCUGGACAGAUUAGAAGACACGUAACCACUCGAGCGAACCGACGUCACAUCCCAUCAUCACAAGGACAUUUUUUUAAAUGGACCUUAAAUCCAGUGCCAAAACCUCCCGAGAAAAGAUCCCAACUGAAGUGUUGUAGUAAGUUUAGAAGAUUUGUGUCGGUGGGAGUGAAUUUUUUUUUUUGUGUAAGAAUAAAACCGUAGUUUAAAUUAGUUGAACUUAUUUAUUUUUUCACAUAGAUUUAUUUAUUAAUACGAUAGUUUAAAGUUUCUUUUGGAAGUUGUUAGCCAAAGCUGCUGUAUGUCUGUAGACCAUUUCAGCGAUAUUCACGACAGCCUUAUUUAUUGUGAUGCGUGUAAAUAUGUUGUAGAUGAGCGGCCGAAACAUUUACACCUUUUUGGAAAUAAACGUCUGAAACAAA